UCGCAUUCCAUAGGGGCACCUUUGAUUCGUAUAAUCUGCCUGCAAUCACGAAGCGUCUCUUCCCCGCAACAUCCAAUCCUGUUCCAAUUCCAUUACUUGCCAAUCAUGUGAUGUCGAAGAGAAUGAUUCGGUUCCUACGUUGAACUAUUACCCGCCUGACGGCCUCCCAGUCAACUCUAGCGUUGACCUGCUCGAUGAGGCCCGCAAGCUAGAAGAUGGGAGGUCAGAGGUACACGGCACGCUGGCGGAGCUGAGGACGGCGGUCUCAAAGGCCACCCUCCUAUACACGCAGGCCAGCCUAGCUCUAGAAGAGGAGAGAGCGAAGACUGCGUCGCUCAUGACGCUUGUUACAAGCAUCUGUGGGAAGGCGUACACGGAGAAGAUCAUGCGGAUAGUGAAUUUGGUAGAUACCAAUGAUGAUGCUAGCGAUCAAGAGAGCGGCGGCGAGCCUGGUGGCAACAUCAAAAGUAGCAAUAAUUUCACCCAGAAAAAGAUCCAGCCUUCUCCGUGGCGAGCUGGGGUAAAUAAGGCGCAGUUCGGAGAUCUGGAUUGGGCGACAAAGAUGAAGGGAGCCUCAGACGCUUUGAUAGAGGACGUGUAUGCGGUACUGAUGCCUCCUCCAAAGACCACCAAUGAUACAGGACAGUCUGACGCGUCAGAUGCCUCGAGUUCGACAGAAAAAUCUCCUCGAAAGCGCCCCCGUUCCUAUGAAGACGAAGACGCGUGUACCAGUCCCAAGCGGGUCAAAACCGGUGUCGAAGAAGGAGGUCACGCAGAAGCGCAAGUCGAGUCUUCCCGCGCCGCCGCAUUGCAAGGACAGAACCGUCCCCGACUCAGAGAAGGCUCUCUUGAUGACAUAUACAUAAAUACCAGUCUCAAACGCCAAAUUAUUGAAGAACGCUUUCCCGUUGAUUUGGACGAAGAACCGUUGAAUGCUGGCCCUCAAGAAUCUCGAAGACCAAGAAAUGUAUCCUCCCUGCGAAGCCCACAGUCCCGUAGCUCCUCUCCCACAGGCAUCAGACAAUUCUAAUUCCGAUCCCGAGGACUGCAACUCGGGUUCAGAUUUGGACUCAUCAAGCCCCCCAGAUCAUGGAACAAAGUCUUCGAGAACGGAGUCUCUGCUGCGAUAGUGUGGCGCACCAACCCCCCUACUCCCCCCCUCUGCGGCUCCGGCCGAGGAGUCCGUCUCUGCGAGAAGGCCAAUUUU